AGCCGGGAAAAUCGAUGAUGAACAGGGGGGCACCCUACCUAGCCGCGAAAGCGAGCGAGCACGGCUGCACCGCCGGAGAGGAUGGAGCAAAGACCGAAAUAUCGAUUUUUAGGCCCCUACGCGGCGGUUCGAUGCUCAUAUCUGCCCCGUGUCCCGUAUCCGCGCGAAGCGCCUUUCAAAACACCAACGACGCGUGCGAGACACACCGUGGCGACGCGGGAUCCUGUCCAGGAAUUAUCGUGCGACUAAAUAGACGCGAAGGGGUUAUAACACCAGAGUGACGCGGCUUCCCGAGCUUCUGACCGAUGUCGUCAGAAAAAAUGGCUAUCGCUGCUUCGGAUAAUUAUCAACUCAAGUGGCACAGCUAUGGCGCGCAUCUGCACAGCUCUGUUGCGACGUUGCUGCACUCAGAAUCCUUCGCGGAUGUUUUAUUGGCGACAUCCUGCGGUCGGCACGUGGCUGCCCAUCGAUUCGUUCUCGCCGCCUGCUCGUCGUAUCUCAGUCACAUUUUCCAAACAUGCCACUUCGGGGCGAACACGAACGCUCCUAUAAUCGUGGUGUUGCCUACGGAAAUCGGUUACCGCACGCUGAAGAUCCUGAUCCAGUACAUGUACAGCGGAGAGGCGACCGUCACAAACGAUCAGCUGGAAGGCGUGUUAAAGGCCGGCGACAUCCUGCGCGUCCGCGGUUUAUGGCGGUCGAACACCGGCAGCAAAAAGGAGAACAUCCUGUCGAACAAUCAGAAGGUCGACCGGGAGAAGCGGGAACAGCCGCCGUUGACGGGGCAGAUUCAGAAGAUUAAACUAGUUCAACCGACGGCCGAGAAGAUCGUCGAGAAUGUACAGCAGACAACGUCGGUGCAGAACAGUGUUCAACAACCACAGAAACCUACCUCAGAGAGAAAGAGCGUCGAGAAGGUCGAGGAGAAAUCCAAUAAAUCUAAGAGCGAGGACGGCGAAAAUACGGAGUUGAACUUGGAGCUUUUAGUGAAAGACGAACCGAUCUGGGAGGAGACCAUCGAUCCGUCUGAAUCGUUGACGAUAGACCACGAAAUUGAUAUUAAACCUGAGAUCGUACAUAGCGCGGACGAAGAAGAAGAGUAUACACCGUUAACGUGUGACAUGUGUAGUCAAACGUUUAACCGGCCGUCGGAUUGGGUCAGACACAUUGAAUUUACACACGCCGACAUGACCGAAAAUCGGAGGAAAAAACGGAAGGGUGACGUGGAUGACGACAGCAAAGAUUUUCCACCGUUAAAAUGUGACCUUUGUGGUAAUAUGUAUUCAACGCCUCAGGAAUGGGUACGUCAUAUACAAACGGAACACACGGAGGAGCAAUUAGCUUUGAUGAACAACUCGGCGCCACCUAAACCAAAAAGAGUUCACAGUCAUCAGAAAUUGUGCAACAUAUGUCAAAAAGAAUUCCCAAGUCAUGCGUCGAUGGUAAUCCACCAAAGAACACAUACGGGGGAAAAGCCUUUUCUUUGUUCCUAUUGUAAAAAAGGCUUCAACGUGAAAAGUAAUUUACUAAGGCAUUUAAGGACAUUGCAUGAUAAGUAUGUACAUCCCAGCUUAUACGGGAGUAACGGCAACACAAAUGCUUAAGUCUUUAUAAUUUCUCAAAUGUACAACAUUCUGUUUCUUCGUUUGUACCACAUUUAUAAAAUGAGCGUCACGUAACAUCCUAAAUAAUACUUUUCAAAUUAUGCUCGCAUACUAACGGAGCAAAUCUAUAUAGAUUCGCGACUCUGCGUAAGUGUGUCAAAUUGGUCCAAAAAAGUUAAAAAGAAAAAAAAGGCUAUUGAAGAGCGCGCGUGCGCGCGCGCGCGACGUAUUCUUUGAAUAUUGAAAAUUGAAAGCAUAGGCGAUAUUUCUUGAAAAGUUUCAAUGAACAACUCUUGAAAUAUUUCCGUUCGCGCGCCACAUUCGAUAAAUGUAUGUAUUUAAUUUGAAUACGUAUUUGUCAACGCAUUAUUUGAAAGAUUAUUUUAGUUUUAAAUUUCAGUGCUGUUCCGUUGAUAACACGAAAAGCAAUAUCAGGGCUUUAAAACCAAAGAGGCUGAUUACUAUUGCCAAAAUGUCUUGUUCUGUUGCGACUUUAAUUCGUUUUAACAUAGAAGAUAUGAAAAAAAGUAUUUAUUUUAAUUAGAAAUUUGAUUUAAACAUGUAUGAAUAGGAACGACGACGAUAUACAGGUCUUCGCAGUACGUGCGUGUAAAAAUAAUUCAUAGUUUAAAUCAACAUCUAUUGAUUAAUAUUUAAUUACUUAGUGACUAUACAAGAUCCAAAUUGUGUAAGAUUUAACUGUAUACUUCUAGGCUAUUCCAUCCAUGGUAGCCCUCUUAUUCCCUCAGCUCGUAAGCUAAUUAUGUAUUUUUAUAUUAAACUAGCUUAUACACAAAAAGGUAUAAGAGAUAAGAUAAAAGUUAAGUAAGAAAACAAACUUGAACUUUCAAUUAGGCUAGGAUAUAAGGAUAACACGUAAUUCAAAAUUUAUCAAAUUUUUUG